AUGACUUCAAAUGCUCCUACCUCCCUUCAAAUAUCUGAGGUCGACUCGGCUUUGAGCGAUCACAACGCGUCCGUAUCUGCGCCCUCUCAUGCGACCCACAGCCCCGGAUCUCGAUUCACUCAUCCUCGAAAACACGAAAUGGACGAGGGAGAGGAGCUGGGCCAAGGGCCAUCAAAUGCGGCGAUCGGACAGUUCACCUUUGCCCCUACUACCAGAACUACAGUGGUGACAACCACCACGACCACCACCACCUCCUUCCCGCCUCUGACCAUCAACCCCCCGCGAGCCGUCAAGGAUCUGGAUGCCCGACAAUACCCUCUCGCCUCAUCUCCGACUCCAGCGGCCUUGAGAAACCUCAAGUUCAAGAUUGGCGAUAAGUCGAUCAUCUUCAACGAACCUGAGGAUACCACAAAUGCUGCCGCUGAGUACAAGGAGAAAAGCGAGGCGUUGAAAUCUUCAAACGGCCAGAUUCGCUCUGUGAACUCGUUCAUCUCCGAGGGCGAGAACCCCACUCGCCGGCUAACCCCUCCGAGGAUAGCGAGUCAACCGUCUAGUCACCCGUCCAACAAUCGUCGUCGUGCGGUCUCCCCCGUCCCACUGUUUGAUGCUCGACCUUCGGUUCUUCCGCGAACUCGCCCAUCACGAGUUCCUUCUGAGCCCAUUACACGCCGCACUCGCCAAAGUGGCGUAGGAUCAACUCAUCUUGCCGCUGGUCUUGCCACCCCAGAUACCGAAAGCAACCUGGGGGAGGAACCCCCUUUGCCGUCACCUCUCUCCUCUGAAAUCGGAGCUAAAGGCAUGCAGGCAUCCAAUCCAAAUUCCUACUUGCAAAAUGCGUUGUCUGGGAUUCGUUCAAACCCCGAAACUCAAGAGUCCCAGGCCACUGAACCGGAUGAGAAUGGCCCUCCUGCACAUGAAUCGGCUUCAUUUGAUGAUACAACAUAUGGAACCCAGGAAUCUGCAACGCAAGAACGACCUGAGCUUGUAUCUCAAUUAUCGGCAAUAGACAACGCCAUGGCGCAAGAUAUGUGCCUCCCGAGCCCGAGUCUCUCACCGGUCGCUGCUAUGAAUGCGCUCCAUGGCGAAUCCUCCUUUGAGUCAGAAGGGCUUGACGUUGAUACAGAUUCCAGUCUAGAUCAUAAUGUCUCGCGUUUCUCUAAGGCUUUGCGGCUUCAAGAUGCAGAUGAGACUCGGGUAAAUGGUCAUUCUCUUCCAAACUCCCAGUCACCUUCCUCACUUUUAGAUAUGCCCAAGGUGCUGGAGUUCUUUGAUUCGGUGCCCGAUGAGGUCAAGACGUAUCUCAUGUAUCAAUUCCUUCGGAGAUGCCCUAAGCCUACUCUCCAUUUCGUGGCCGAUGUGGUUAACCCAACUUUGAAGUGCGACUUCCUAGCUCUUUUGCCGCUUGAGCUUAGUCUCAACAUCGUCAAAUACCUCGAUGUUCAAACCAUGUGCCGUGCUGCGCAGGUGUCUAAGAGGUGGAGACACAUCACCAAUUCUGAUGAAAAGAGCUGGAAGAACCUCCUUGACCAGGAUGGAUAUCAUCUCUCUGAUGGAGAACUAGAACGGGCUAUAAGACAGGGAUGGGGAUGGCAGUUGUCCAGCGGCCCUGAAGAUCACGAGGAAGAUCUCAGCCUUGUGGCUCUAUCCAGGGCAGAUAUGGAGGUGUCCCCUGUCCCUUCGAUGGCGGGACCCAGCAACAGAAGCCCUCUGGGUUCUCUGCCAAUCAGCCGACGAGCCAAGCGGAAAGCAAACACGCGUGCUUCAAGCCGGAAGCUUGCCAAGCGGAAGGUCUCAUCCAGUGGGGGAGAAAUCGCCGAUCCAGACUGGAAGAAAGAUAUUGCUGCGUCUGAGGCUCCAUACGCCGCAGCCAACGCCGCAGCUGCCGCAGUGCCCUAUGCUGAAGUAGGUCUACCGUCCCUCCGUGGACUGUUCCUCUUCAAGGUCCUCUACCGUCGCCAUGUUGCCAUUCACAAGGGAUGGAUGCAACCGGAUGUCAAGCCACAGCAUAUUGCUUUCCGUGCUCAUGACCGCCAUGUUGUUACUUGCCUGCAAUUUGACGCGGAUAAGGUUCUUACCGGAAGCGAUGACACUAAUAUCAACGUGUACGACACCAAAACAGGUGCAUUGCAGGCAACAUUGGAGGGACACGAAGGUGGAGUGUGGGCUCUUGAGUAUCACGGCAACACGUUAGUCUCUGGCUCUACUGAUCGCUCAGUGCGAGUCUGGGACAUCGAACGGGCCAGGUGUACUCAGAUCUUCCACGGCCACACCUCCACCGUCCGAUGCUUGCAAAUCGUCCUGCCUACUGAGGUUGGUAGGGAUGCAGGUGGUCAUCCUGAGAUCAUGCCCAAAGAACCAUUGAUCAUUACUGGGUCUCGGGACUCGAACCUUCGGGUAUGGAAGCUUCCAAAAUCCGGUGACCCAGUUUACUACCAGAGUGGUCCUACCGUAGAUGACGCUAGCUGUCCAUACUUCAUGCGUGUGCUCUCCGGCCAUCAACACUCUGUUCGUGCAAUUGCAGCCCACGGUGAUACCCUCGUAAGUGGUAGCUACGAUUGCACGGUGAAGGUCUGGAAGAUUUCCACCGGACAGACUUUACACACUCUACAGGGUCACUCGAUGAAAGUGUAUAGCGUGGUUCUUGACCAUAAGCGCAAUCGUUGCAUCAGUGGAGCCAUGGACCACAUGGUAAAGGUGUGGUCGCUAGACGAUGGAGCCGUCCUAUACAACCUCGAAGGCCAUACCUCCCUCGUUGGUCUGCUCGCUUUAGAGCAUGAUUUCCUUGUCUCGGCUGCCGCUGAUUCCACCCUCCGAAUCUGGGACUCCGUGCAUGGCCACUGCAAGAACACAUUGAGUGCGCACACUGGUGCCAUCACUUGCUUCCAGCAUGAUGGGCAGAAGGUCAUCUCGGGCUCUGAUCGGACACUGAAGAUGUGGGAUGUACGAAACGGCGAAUGUGUUCGAGACCUCCUCACAGACUUAAGUGGCGUGUGGCAAGUCAAAUUCAAUGACCGGAGAUGUGUUGCCGCAGUGCAACGUGACAGUUUGACUUAUAUCGAAGUUCUCGACUUCGGUGCUGCACGGGAUGGAGUCCCAGAAAGCAAGCUUGCGAAACGCAUUGUCGUCAACCGACGUGGACAGGAGGUCCUCAGCGGAAUCGAAGAUGAUGACUCCUUGUCUGAUUGA